AGCUAUAAGUUCUCAGUGACUCAUUCAUUCAUUCACUAGUGCUGAGCAGCUUUCACACAAGACCGGAGAGACGUUUAAGCUGUUUCUGGUUUGCAAAGUUUCAUAUUUCACCACCAAUGAUGGCGAAUGCAGCCUUAGCCAAUUGCAGCUUUUCAGUGAAGCUCAUAACACUCAUCGUCAUUGGUCUCUUUCUGACCAUUUUGAAUGCUCAGUGGGCUCUUGGUGAGAAAGGCUCACAAAGACUCAGACAGAUGUUAACUAAAAGAAGAGUGAGACGUGCCGCUGAUUGUACCAAGGGCUUUAUUGAACAAAAAAUGACCAAGAAUUCAUUGCUGCCUGCACUUUAUUCUGCUGCCCAGUUAGAUGCCUGUUUGAACAAUAGUGUGCUGAAGGCAAACCUCACUGAACUGGGACAUAUAGCUUUUAGCAGAGACCAGCUUCUUAUUCUGAAAAGGAAACUGGGAGAGAUCUACACAAAUGGACUGCCAGAAGAACAGAUACAACAGCUGGGAUUCAUUAUUACGGUGUACAGCCCUGAGGAAAUCAGCACAUGGAACAUAACAAACUCGGAUACCCUUGCACUUGUUAUACAGAAUAGCCCAAAUAUUAACACGACCAACACAAUUAUUGAAAAUUACCUGCAGAGAUCUGGGUCACUAAAUGCCGUUGCAUUGGACGCUAUUGGUAGUCCAAUACUGUGUAGUCUGAGUGAAAAGAACCUUAGAGCCAUCCUUCCCAGUGAACUAAAAAAAGCCAAGCCACUUAAUAUUGCCACAUGUACUCAGGCAAAGAAAGACAUAAUUUUUGGGAUCGCUAAAGUUGCAUUCCAGGAUCAAGCUGGGGAUCCCAAAGCCUAUUUUAAUCAACUCAAGCCGUAUGUUGGUGGUGCACGAGCAGCUGAUUUACAGAGUUUAGCUGCUGGCAACAUCAACAUGGACUUCCAGACAUUCAGCAAACUCAAUCCAGUGGAAGUAGAAAAACUCACUGCUCAAAACAUACGAGACCUACUUGGAAUAAACCUGAAUUCUAUUAAAGAAAAUGAAAAUCAUGAACUAGUGCGGCGUUGGGUUAACUCACACACAGUAGGUGAGGUUAUGAGUCUAGGAAUUGGACUUCAAGGGGGAAUAUCACUUGCUGGACUUGGAAUCUUUUCCUUUAAGGAAUUGCCCGGUUCUGCUUCACUCAACAGCUACAGUCUGUUACUUUCCAUCUGCAUCUCUAUGAUGGGAAUCACAUUGCAAUACUUUUGAUAACUUAGGAUUCAGCCAGCCUGUGCCUUCUGCCAUAUUAAGUGGAAAGAACCAGAGAUCCCGGUAUCAAAUGAUGGAUAUUAAAGUUUAACAAACUCUGUGCUUUUAGACUGAUAUCAGUUUCCAACAAUCCACUUUGGACUGACUUUAAACUGGCUUUCUAGACAUUGUACUGAUCAAGUGUAAAACGUAAUAAUUUAGGAACAACCUUGGUUUGUCACUGGAAUGCUGACAAAUCUAAUAGCAGUCAGUAAAGAAUUAUCUUUUUGCUGCCUACCAAAUCUUGCACAGCAAUAUUUAUUAAUUUUCCGUUCACUGACUCCUUAUAGAAUGAAAGCGAUACAAACUUGGAACUCUCACACAAAUUGAUGCUAGAUCAAUUGUUAAUUUUGAAACUGAGGUUGAUAAAUUUUUAUUUGCUAAAGAUAUUAAGGGAUAGGAGAGAAAGGUGGAUCCAUGGAAUAAUGUUGUAGAUUAACCACAAUCUCAUUGAAUGAUGGAACAGGCUUAUUGGGCUGCCUCCUGUACCCAUAAUCCUAUGUUCCUAAUGAAGAUGGGAAUAAAAUUCCAACUUACUUUUACAGGCACUGUUCGUAACUUGAGCUAAUUUUAUAACAAGGGCCUGGUGCUAGUUAGCUUGAUUUUGAUGCAGCCAUUGGCUGUGCAAAACCCGCAAAAUGGAAGAGAAAAUUCAAAGAGAGCUUGGGAGCAGAGAAAUGAUGGGCAAGAUUUCUGUCCCCAUUUUUGACUGAGAACAGUGCAGCAGUGCCCCAAAACUCACUUGCCAUCCUUUUCCCACUCCUGAUGUACUGGUCAGCAUUUUCUUUGGAGACUGUCCAUGUGCUGAGCUGAUGUCAACUUUUAUCAGGCGAGAGCCAUACUUAUAAGCAUUUUGGGAUCUUUCUCCUGUUCCAGAACCCCAAAUCAUUUGUGAGGUGCGAGUGGAUGGAGUAUGCAUUGCAAGCACCCAAUGUCUGGUUAAUUGAAAGUGGGCCACAGUGCAAAUUAGCUCAUCUCAGUGCAUCAGCAAUUACAGUACAACAGUUUGUCUCAGUGUUUUGGAGCAGGAAGUGAGAAAAGCAUUGUUAGUGUUUUGGCAAUUGCCCAGCCAGAUUUCAGCCUCGGGCUGGGCUGGUGUGCUUUUCUCUGAUUCUGACUAACUUAAACAACCUCCCCACAGUCAUGGACCUGAUAACAGCCAUGGUACAGAAUGGCUAAUGGGGAAAGGCACUGAUGGGCAGUGCUGCCUGCACUACAUUUCAUCCAAAGUCAGCAAGACUGAAGGGAGGAAUCUGGGACACAACAUAUAUUAAAUUUUAAACAGUCACAUUACUUGUAUGUUCUCUAUAUUAAACAGUCAACAGUCCCAUUAUCAUUAGAUAUGUAUAUAUCUUGCUACUUGCCAAUGUAUUUACAUAAUACACACCUGAUUUAUUUUGCACUGUUUGUCUUAACGUGUUCAAAAUACAAAUUAUAUUUAUAUUUUCAAUAAAAAAGAUCUAAUGAAUUGUA